UCUCAACACGAAGCCAUGUAAGUUUGACAGCGCCACCCUGACACGAUUUUGAAGCAGCAUUUUGGAUAUAAAGUCAUUCAUUAUACUCUCAACUGUUCUUUUUAAGAUUUUUGGAGGCGAGGGCAGUUAUAGUUUGAUUGACAGCUCUUUCUAUGCUCCUCCUCCCGCAGCUCUUACAUGACAGGCGCCCGCAUGUAAACUCGCGGCUGAAGGCAGUAACGGGAGUGAUGCUGUAGAGUUCAGCGGCCACGAGCGAGAUUUUUUACGACAAUUUUUAAUAUUCGUGCCUCAACAAUGAAGACCAUACUGGCUGCAUAUUCCGGUGUCAAAAAGGGCUCAGGCUCCAGCAUCCUAUCAGCCUUACAAGACCUGACCUCAGUCCCUUGGCUGACACAAUCCAAAAUGGUGAAACAUCUGCAGGUGAUGUGCGUUCUACACUUUGUCAGCACAUUUCUUGCCAUGGGCAUUGGCUGUUCUUUGCUGCUGGUGUAUAUUUUUUGCACCGACUGCUGGGUAAUUGCUGCCAUGUACACUGCCUGGCUUAUCUUUGACUGGAAUACCCCAAAACAAGGAGGCCGCAGAUCCACCUGGAUGAGAAACUGGUCUGUAUGGAAGUACUUUAGGGACUAUUUUCCCAUAAGACUAAUAAAGACCCAUAACCUGCUUCCCAGCCGAAACUACAUUUUUGGGUACCACCCUCACGGUAUCUUGUGUUUUGGUGCUUUUUGUAACUUUGCGACUGAGGCCACUGGAUUCUCCAAGAAAUUCCCUGGAAUCAAGCCAUCUCUGGCCACAUUGGCUGGAAACUUCCGUUUGCCAGUGUUUAGGGAUUACCUGAUGUGUGGAGGUAUCUGCCCAGUAAACCGUAACUCCAUUGACUUCCUCCUGUCUAGUAAUGGGACGGGCAAUGCAGUGGUCAUCGUGAUUGGAGGGGCUGCAGAAUCUUUGAACUGUGCCCCAGGAACGAACUCUGUCAUGCUGAAGGACCGCAAAGGCUUUGUAAAACUGGCCCUCAAAAAAGGUGCUGAUCUGGUGCCCAUCUACUCAUUUGGAGAAAAUGAGGUUUAUAAACAGCUCAUCUUCAAGGAUGGCUCCUGGUGUCGUCUGACCCAAAAGAGACUUCAAAAGAUUCUAGGUUUUGCCCCUUGUCUUUUCCAUGGCUGUGGACUGGUCUUUCCCGACUCCUGGGGCCUUUUGCCUUAUUGCAAGCCCAUAACUACUGUUGUCGGUGAACCCAUCACAGUUCCGAAAAUCGAGGACCCGACUCAGGACAUCAUAGAUAUGUACCAUGCCAUGUACAUCAGAUCCCUCAAGUCUCUAUUUGACAAUAACAAGACUCGUUUUGGUCUAAAUGAGAGUGACACCCUUGAAAUUCACUGAGAGACAAGACUGAGGAAUAACUUUACAAAAGAACAAUGUGGGAAUUGAAAGAUUCGCCUCCAAACUAAAGUGCCUGUUCAGAGAAGGCGAAGGUAAUGCUGUGCCUGCUGUAUAAUUGAAAUUGUCAAUAUUAAUUGUAUUGACAGAAACCAAGAGUACAUUGAUGUUCCCUAACGGUGGUAUGUUAGGAGCGCUGUUGUGUCAAAUAUUUCAGAUUUCAGACAGUUGCUCUUUCAUUGCUUUAAAUGCUCUCUCUUAAGACAUAUCCAUUUUAUACUGUAUUAAAAAGAAAAGGUAUGGAGAUGUACUGUAUUAUAUGGGAUGCAGUGAAACUAGCUCAAUAGUCACUGUUGCUCAUUGCCACUAGGUGACAUUACUUAAUAAUUAAGUCAAAGAUUUGAUUGGUGCCUUGAAUAUUCUAGAUUUUACAGUUAAGGAGGACAUUAUAUUUUUCAAAAUAUGGCAAUAUUUUUUACGUUUUCAUUUUAAAUUAUGUAUAAAAAGAAUUUCCCCCCAUUAGAUUCCUAUUUAAAUGCACAAGCAAUGCAAUUAUCGGGAGGUUUGCCUCACCUAAAAGCCAAGAAGUGGAGGUAGAUUCCGGCCAAGUAAUGUACAAAAUUAUGACACAAGAGUGUGAUUUAAUUGUUAGAACAAGUCGGAAUAAAAGUGUUUCUGCCAGGAUAUUUUGGAUUUAGGAAAAAUUUGCCAUUUGAUCACAGCUGCAGUGGUGUUUUGGAUUGAAUAAUGAUUCUUAUGCCAAUCCAACAGCUGCAGAAUAAAGUGGGUCCUCAUUUGCCAUAUGGGUGACCCAGUUUGUAUAGCUAGAAGGCUGCAGGGUAAAAGAGAAGUCUAGAAUUUGAUGACCAAAUAUGAUGACGAUGAAUAUGGGUAAAUGUGUGAUGGUUUAAUCAAUGGUUGCAGAUUUACUGUAUUAAUUCCUAGUAUGACCAUUUUCCAGUACACAUCUUGUAAGGUUAUAAAUAAUUGACCACAGAAGUAUUAGUUUUGCAUAUAUUAGAUGCACAUGCAUUCUUUAUUUUGCAUUUUUUUUAAACAAUUUCAAGGAUGUUCCACCAGUGUCAAACAACUUUCAGUGCUUUAAACUCUAAAAGCAAAUGCUGGAAAGACCUCAAAUAUGUUUGUAGGCCAAAUCAAACAAAUGUGUUCUUUUUUUAAAACAAUUAUUUGUACUGAAUUGCAAAUAACCUGAAUCUAUUUUAGAGUUCAAAUCUCAGUUAAAGGGACAGUUCACCUAAAAAUGAAAAUUCUCUCACACUCAUGCCAUCCUAGAUGUGUAUGACUUUCUUUCUUCUACUGAACACAAACAAAGAUUUUUAGAAAAAUAUUUCAGCAUCUGUAGGUCCAUACAAUGCAAGUGAUUGGUGGCCAGAACCUUAUAGCAUAUAAAGGCAGCAUAAAAGUAAUCCAUAUGACUUGUGGUUUAUUCCAUAUCUUCAGAAGCGAUAUGAUUAGUGUAGGUGAGAAACAGAUCAAUAUUAAAGUCCUUUCUUCAUAGAAAUCUCCACUUUCAUUUUCACUUACAGAUUCUUCUUAUUUUGUUUUUGUCAAUUCGCAUUCUUUGUGCAAAUCGCCACCUACUGGGCAGGGAGGAGAAUUUAUAGUAAGAAAGGACUUAAAUAUUAUCUGUUUCUCACCCGCACUUAUCAUAUCACUUCUGAAGGAUAAACCACUGGAAUCGUAUGGAUUACUUUUAUGCUGCCUUUAUGUGCUUUUUGGACCUUCAAAGUUCUUGCCAACAUUCACUUACAUUUUAUAGACCAGGGGUGCUCACACUUCUAGGGCAUGAGAUCUACUAAUAGAUCAUGAUGCUAUUAUAGUAAGAUCUACCAUGUAUUAUUGACAGUGUUGUCACGAUACAAAAAUGUCAGUAGCCGGUACAUCUGUACCAGUGAAAUAUAACAAAAUCUCAAUACCAAAAUUAAUUCUAACUCAAUUGUAAAUUAGGUCAACUUUGUUUUAAGUGCUGAAGUUAUUAUUAUGAAGCGAUCGGUGUAAUUAGCACCCCUGAUAUAGACCUACAAAGCUGAGAUAUUCUUCUAAAAAUCUUUGUUUGUGUUCUGCUGAAGAAAAAAGUCAUACACAUCUGAGAUGGCAAGAGGGUGAGUAAAUGAUGAGAGAAUUUUCAUUUUUGGUUGAACUACCCCUUUAAUAACUUAUAAUCUUAUUUAUCCUGCAUCCUGACAGAAUGAAGUUAAUGGUGAUAUUUGCGACCUGCAGCUUUUGAUCAAUGGAUAAUAAGCAAUUGUAUCCUGAAAUCAGUGAUUAACAAUUGUAACAUACUGCUUUUUAAUUAAGUUAUACAAUGAUCUGAAUAUGCAAAAUAAAUGCUGCAGUGUCCAUCUCUGAUAUCAGUGCCUUUGUUGAUGUCAAUAAAAUGCAUACCUGAUUCUUUAGAUUAAACUUUUAUAUAUUUUUGGAAUAAACGUUUAUG